UGGGCGGAGCCAGUGUGGUCCAAUAGAAUGCAGCAGGCAGAGACACGUUGAAUAUUUCCUACAACAUGUCAGCUUACAGUGUUUAGACAGACUGCACACACGUCUGUAAUUCAAUUAAACAUUAUUGUACUAAACGCCACGAUGGUUGUCUCUGACUCCCAGUCCUCCGACACCGGGACAAUCCUUCGUGUCAGAGGGCCGCUAGGGCUCAAAUGUCAGCUGGACAGCACAGAUGCACCACUCAUGCACAAAGUCAUCUCGAGAACGUUCGGGACGCUUCACUCUCAGGUGAAAUCUGAAGCCUGUGUUCUCGCCGUCUGCGACAGUCCUGUUAUUAUCUGGCCGAACAGAGGUGUUCAUGCAACACCUGAUGAAAUAACUCCAAACACACUGUGUGAAGACUUACAGCAAUGGAUACAGACGGAUGAACAAGAGAGCACAGGCAAGAGAUCUGCAAGAAAGAAAAACAAAAAAAGUUCAUCAGUGAGCAUCAUAAACCUUCACCUGAUGAUGGAGGCAACAACGACUGGCCCACUUCCACCCCCAAUCCUCACCAGAGCCAUCCAGAAAUCCCACUUCCUCUCUACAACUCUUCCCAUGGACUGUGUGAUCCGCACCGCCUGCAACGACACAAUCAAAGAUGCCUGUGAACGCCUGGUGGAGGCGCUCACUCAUCAGCUGUGUGAGAUGGAGAAAGUGAUCCUGCAGCACAUGAAGGGGACGAUGCUGCUGGUGCCUGAACCGCUUCACUUCCUCCUGCCAGAGCCAAAAGGACUUGUGACCGUGGUUUACCCAGCAGGAGUGCCUGACAGCCAGCUAGAGACACAACGUAAGGAACUGCAUCAACAGUUUGAGCUGCAAGAUGACUGGCCCUAUUUCAGAAAGGCCAAUGCUUACCACUUUCCCAACGAGCCCUACAAAGACGGUUACCUACGAAACCCUCACCUGGCCCUUACACAUCCCACUCUGGACAACGGAAAGGUGUACAUGGUCCAGGGGAUCUACAGCUACCACCACUACAUGCAGGACCACAUGGAUGAUAACGGCUGGGGCUGUGCCUAUCGCUCCCUCCAGACCAUCUGCUCCUGGUUCGAGCAGCAAGGCUACACAGAGCGGCCUGUGCCCACACAUAAGGAGAUCCAACAGGCUUUGGUGGAUGUCGGGGACAAACAGAAGUCUUUUGUCGGAUCACGACAGUGGAUCGGAUCCAUCGAGGUUCAGGCUGUUCUGAACCAGCUGCUCGAGGUCACCUCCAAGAUCAUGUUUGUGAGUCAAGGCUCUGAGUUGGCCUCCAAAGGAAGAGAACUGGCAAACCACUUCCUUACUGAAGGGACUCCUGUCAUGAUUGGAGGGGGAGUUUUGGCUCACACUAUUCUCGGUGUAGCAUGGAGCGAGACCACCGGGCAGAUCCGCUAUCUCAUCUUAGAUCCACAUUACACCGGAGCAGAGGAUUUACAGAUUAUCACAGACAAGGGCUGGUGCGGCUGGAAAGGACCAGAUUUUUGGGAUCAGACUGCAUAUUAUAAUCUGUGUCUGCCUCAGAGGCCAAAGACCAUCUGAGCUCUCACAGCCUUUUGGACACACGUCAUUUGGCAUUUAAAAGGCAUCUACAAAUGUGGUUGUUUUAUAGAAAUGCACCCAAUGUGGCAAAUUUGAGUAAGCUUUGUAAUAAUGCUAAAUGUUAAUGUUCCGCUUGGUCAAAUCCUGCAUAAAUUAUUGUUUUAGCAACAAAGGCGACUCGAGAUGGAUGUAAUUCUGUACUGAAAAGAGAAACUGAUCAUGUCAUGUACUGAACUUUCUGUACUUGCCAUUAUUUAAUGACAAAUUUUAAAGUGUCCUCAGUUUUUCUUCUUUCUGUAUUCAAAUGUUUAAAAGUUACAGACUGUAACUGAAAUAAUUGACAUAUAGCUGAUGAGAAAACAUUUUGUCAUUGUUAUGGCCAUUUUUUUGAAAAGGAAAAAAAGGAAAAUUAAUCCAAAUCUUCUCCAGUGGACUCCAGAUGCUCAAAUUAUACCGUAAGCAAUUUUA